ACCAAGCUAAGGAAGAGAAUACGUUCUCUAGGCACGAUGCAAAUCUUCGUCAAGACCCUCACGGGCAAGACGAUCACCCUUGAGGUGGAGUCUUCCGAUACCAUCGACAAUGUCAAGUCGAAAAUCCAAGACAAGGAGGGCAUCCCACCCGACCAGCAACGCCUGAUCUUCGCUGGCAAGCAACUCGAAGACGGUCGUACCCUCUCCGACUACAACAUCCAGAAGGAAUCGACCCUCCAUCUCGUCCUUCGCCUCCGAGGUGGCGCCAAGAAGCGCAAGAAGAAGGUUUACACUACGCCAAAGAAGAUCAAGCACAAGCGCAAGAAGACCAAGUUGGCUGUGCUCAAGUACUACAAGGUGGAUGGCGAUGGAAAGAUCGAGCGCCUUCGCAGAGAGUGCCCAACUCCAGACUGCGGUGCCGGUGUUUUCAUGGCUGCUAUGCACGAUCGCCAAUACUGCGGACGCUGCCACCUUACCUACAUCUUCGAUGAUGCCGGAAAGUAGAGGAGUGAGGAGAGAAUAUGGAGUGGAUAGCUUCUGAAAGGCUUUGCUGUAUCUAAAGGAUCGUCAAAUGCAUCACGGUUGCUGACAAGCAAUGGGACUGUUCUGUGAAGUUGAAAGUUUGAAUCGACUAGGAAUGGACUUUGUGAUCUGCUACGGAAGUGUUCCAAGAUUCCGCCUCUAUGUUUGCAAAUGGAGCUCAAGUUACCCAUGACUCCCUCACUGCCUCCCUUCGUUUGCUCAAGUUGAGCCAUGCGCAAUACUGCUGGAGGCAGGCACUGAAAUGUCCGAAUUUACCAUCGAGAUAUCCGAGUCACAUUUCACCUCAAAUGAUAUUCCACAAGAUUCUCCAAGCUGCUCAUUCAUCUCCCUGCCUUCAAGUCGAAGGCACUGUUGUAAUGUACGCUACAAAUCCUCGU